AAUAAAUCAGAUUUCAGGUGGCUAACCUGAAUACGGAGGAAUCAUGGUUGGCUACUAUAUGAUUUUGGUCCUGGGAUGCAGUGGAGCAGUUAUGGGAGAUGCUCCUCCGUAUGUCCAAUCAUAUGAGGCCUUCGUUGCCAGCAAGACAUACGUUUCCGAAAAACUACCAGUCCGUAAAAUGGACAUACAUAAGGCGGAAGACCGAAUACACCUUUCCUUCGCCAUGCUAACAGGAGUUACUGGUGGGCUCGUUUUAUUACAAGAUAAGGAUAUACACUCAAAAACUCCUUUAGAAAUUGUUGAUGAAUUCGUUCCAUUAGUUUGGCAAGCUUAUGGUCGCGUUUCCGAUAAAGCGCAGAGUCUUCUCAAUGAAGCAAAUCAUAAAGUUGCUCUGAUAGUCAAUCUCAUAAACACCGUAUGUGGAUCAGCGAGCAUUAAAGAGUGUAACGCAGAAGUCGACAGAAGGGUAAAAGAAUCACCUUUCACCUACCAACUACCCGCGGAUCUCCUCUUAUCACUUGGCAAACUAUCAGUUGUGAUAAGGGAUAACCAGUCAACGAUCAACUCGAUCAUUGAAAACGAUAAUGAUAUCCCAUACCUAAUACAUAAUAUCGAAAGUAAGCAAUUCGGUGAACUCCUAAAAUUAAUAAGAAAAGUCAAUAACGAUAUGACCCAACUGACAUAUAGAAGAUUCUUGAACAAUGCUUAGAUAUUUAAAAAAAAAUGUUUUGGAAUAAAUAUUAUAUGAAGCAAUAAUUAUAUUUUAUUGCGUUUACCGUAUUUCAUAAUCCAAGCCCGUGUUUUAUUAUAAUUGAGAUAUAUUCUACUUUCAUGUCAUAUAUUUUAUGUACAUUUUGUUUGCCGUAAAAU